UUUUCAACUGAAACGGCAUCGUAUUACAGAGAAAGGGCAUAAGAAAAAUAUCUGCGCGGGUCUAAAACCACACAACCCUUCAUUUUCUCUCCCUCGCAGACGCCAGUGUUUCCGCCACUGCAAAAACAUCAAACACUCUUGUUUAUCUCUGUGUCCGACUUCGUAAUCUUCAUGGCGAGCAGACUUCAGUUUGAGAAUAACUGUGAAGUUGGUGUGUUUUCCAAGUUGACCAAUGCGUACUGCUUAGUUGCAAUCGGUGGAUCAGAAAGCUUCUACAGCACUUUUGAGGCAGAGUUAGCUGACGUCAUUCCUGUCGUUAAGACCUCAAUUGCUGGCACUAGGAUAAUUGGACGGCUAUGUGCUGGAAACAAAAAUGGGCUUCUUGUGCCUCACACCACUACUGAUCAAGAACUCCAGCAUUUGAGAAACAGCCUACCUGAUCAAGUCGUUGUUCAGAGGAUCGACGAGAAACUAUCUGCUUUGGGUAAUUGCAUAGCAUGCAAUGAUCAUGUUGCCCUUGCACACACUGAUCUGGACAGGGAAACUGAGGAGAUAAUUGCUGAUGUUCUCGGGGUUGAAGUGUUUAGGCAGACAAUUGCUGGCAACAUUCUUGUGGGGAGCUACUGUGCCUUCUCCAACAGAGGUGGUUUGGUCCAUCCGCAUACAUCCAUUGAAGACUUGGAUGAGCUCUCCACCCUUCUUCAGGUCCCCUUAGUUGCAGGUACUGUAAACCGUGGUAGCGAAGUGAUUGCUGCUGGAAUAACAGUAAACGACUGGACAGCCUUCUGUGGGUCAGACACCACAGCUACCGAACUAUCUGUAAUUGAAAGCGUCUUCAAGUUGAGGGAAGCUCGACCUAGUGCCAUUGUUGAUGAGAUGAGGAAAUCAUUAAUUGACAGUUAUGUUUGAAUUGACGUUACCUCUUCUCCCACCUGUCAACGGGCUCCUUAUCCUCCUGUAAUGGAAACAUUAAUAUUUUAACCUUCUUAAGUCGGAUUUUGUUUUCCAAUUAAGAAUACAUGCUUUUGAAAUGGGGUUUUAAGUUCCCUGUA